AAAGAGAGAUAUGGAUCCUGAUUCAGUGAAAUCGACUCUGUCUAACUUAGCAUUUGGGAAUGUUAUAGCGGCGGCUGCUCGUGACUACCAGAAGGAAAUUCUUGCUCAAGAGAAGGCACAGGCAUCAGCUUCUGCCAAUGAGGAGGUUGAUCUUGAUGAGCUGAUGGAUGAUCCUGAGCUUGAAAAAUUGCACGCAGACAGGAUUGCUGCUCUCAAGAAAGAAGCUGAGAAACGACAAGUGUUACAAAUGAAAGGACAUGGAGAAUACAGAGAGAUAGGUGAAGGGGAUUUCUUGGGUGAAGUCACUGGAAGUGAGAAAGUGAUUUGUCACUUCUAUCAUAAAGAGUUCUACCGCUGCAAGAUAAUGGAUAAGCAUUUGAAGGCUCUUGCACCAAAGCAUAUUGAUACAAAGUUUAUCAAGCUGGAUGCAGAGAAUGCACCCUUCUUUGUUACUAAACUUGGAGUAAAAACAUUGCCUUGUGUGGUAUUAUUCAGAAAAGGUAUUGCAGUAGAUAGGCUGGUUGGGUUUCAAGAUUUAGGAGGAAAAGAUGAUUUCACCAUAAAGACACUUGAGGCUAUUCUGACAAAUAAAGGUAUAAUCAGUGAGAAGAAAGACGAAGACAAUGAAGAGGAUGGUUAUGAGGAAAAUCAGCGGAGGACAGUGAGAUCCUCUGUAGAUCCGGACUCUGAUUCUGACUGAAGUGAAAACACAAAAUGAAAAUGUGGUUUCCUACCUAGAAUGCAAUUACUAAUAGAUGGGAGCUUGUGUAACUGUUUUAAAAUUGAACUUUUGCCAAUUAUAUCAAGAAUGUCAUUUAUUCUUCCAACUUGGAAAAAUAGCCACGACUGUUCUUAAGUAUUGAUAAUGGACUGCAAGUGCUUGUAGAAAAAUGUGGCUUUGAUUUUUUUUUUUUUUUUUGUUGGUUGUAUCUGGGGUGUUCAAGGUAACUUAUGUGCAUUUUAACUAGUCUUUCAAGGUCUUGA